AUGUCUAAGCUCUCGCCCGCUCUCAAAGAACUCAUCAAUGCGCCAUUCGCGCGACCCGGUGCUCUGCCCGCUCCACCGGGCAUCAAGGCAUUUUACCAGAACUUGGCCAAGGAUGCAAAGGCCAGAGGUGUCGGUGUGCCUGCUUGGUUAUCCAUGGCUACAGCAACGACCAUGACUAUGAAUUCGCCGGACUCGCUAUCUGAGCUGUACCAAGCCGCUUCGCCGGAGGGAGAUGCGGUUCAAACGGCGGAACUGAUGAGGGAAGUCGGAUUAAAAUGUAUCGGAUUCAAUGGCGUCAUGCAAAAAAAACAGGUGCCCCGUACAAUCAACAUGCUCAACGCCUUCCGCGCCUCCCUGCCCGAAAAAGUGACAUCCUCCCUCUCCACCACACCCACGCGCAUCCCUUCCCCUCAAAACAUAACCUCAAUGUCCGCCCGUGGCCAAGACCUCUGGAAAAGCAUCUACGACCCCUUCGACAAGAAACUAUACUCCAAACUCGCGGAUUCGCAUCCGGACCUGCCCGUCCACAUUCUGCACUCCGAAUACGGUGCUCUUUUCGCCGACCCGGAGGAAAAAGUGCAGGGCAAGGUUGGCAGGGUGUUGACGUCUGUGGUUGCGGUCAGUUGUUUGAGGACGCAGACGGGGGUGGGCCCGCAGGUGUUGAGUCAUGUGUUUGGAUUGAGGAAGGCGUUUAAAGAUGGGAGUGCUGAGGGUGAUGUGGAGGGGGGUGAGUGGUUGGCUGGGGAUGAGGGGAGUGUGUGGUUGUUGGAGAAGGUGGAUGGGAUUGUGGAGGUUUUGAGUGGGGGCAAGGGGUCAAGUUAUGCGCCUGGAUCCAUCAAGGCGAAGCUUUAG